UAAUAUUUAUUUAUGAGAACAAAAUCACUCGAGAGCCAAGAAGUAGGGGCCAAGGAAGAAGUCGUGGAAACUAUGAUAAAUUUGACACAUUUCGUCCAAAAUUUAUUGAGUCCAGUCAACAUUUUGUGGAAUACUUUGAAAUGUCAGACAGAAUCAUGGGUUGAUCAAGAGGCUUCUUUUACUGAUCAAGAGCAAUUGGUUAGCUUUCAUAAGAAUCAAAAAGAUAAGAUUAAGCAGCUUUCAAUUGAUCUGGAUCAAAUGUCCAGAGAAUUUCAGAAACAAGCAAGCAUAAAAAUAGAAAAUGUAAGAUCCUAUUUUUCUGAAAAAGGCUAUAUGACUGACGAUAUAAGCAAUCAGAUUGAUGAAAUAGACUCUAUGGUUGAUGAAUUAGCGAAGGCUUAUUCCCUGAGUCUCUUCCUGCUCUAAUCUCUCCUUGGCUUUCUUAGUGUAAAAUGUAGGCUU